AUGCUUUUUCUGACUAAAGUGAAAGUGGAUUCAUUCCUUUCUUCCUUUAAACAAAGCAAAAAUAUACAUUGUUCUUCUCGCAAUUGUGGCCUUGGAAUCCAAGGCGGCGGUGCACCGGACUAUCCCUCCGUCUCCUUCAAUUUGUGGCGUGCCACCUGGGCCACAUACAGAGACUUCAUAGGGGAACUGCGGGAAAGAGUGACACGGGGAACCGAACUAAUAAAUGGUGUACCAGUGCUGAGACCCGCAAAUUCAGUGCCGGUUCGAGAACGGUUCGUUCUGGUCCGUCUCAUCAAUCACGAUGGCAACAUCGUCACCUUGGCAGUAGAUGUGGUGAACCUUUAUGUGGUGGCUUUUAGCGCAAAUAGAAGAUCCUAUUUUUUCCGCAACUCUACGGAACUUCAACGCAACAAUUUAUUCGUCGACACUACUCAAACCUCGUUACCCUUCACCGUCAACUAUGGCCAAAUUGAGAAUGCGCCAGGAAUUCUCAGGGAAUCUAUCCCUCUGGGACCCACUCCCCUAGCUGAUGCCACCACAAGGUUGUGGUACGGUAGGAGCGUAGCCGAACCGCUCCUUGUGGUCGCUCAGAGGUCGCAGAAGCAGCAAGGUUCGGACGCAUUGAGGAACUUGUCCGCAGAAGCAUAA